AUGGCCAACCGUCUCCUCAUAUAUGGGCUUAUUUUGUGGGUUAGUAUAAUCGGAUCUUUUGCAUUAGAUAGGAACAAAACUGCUCAAAAUGCCAAGAUAGGCCUACAUGAUACGACUGUGAUCACCAGUGCAGCUACAAUGAAUAUGCGGAAGGAUUGUGCUUCACCACUAUCCACCGGUUCUUUAAAAACCCAUGCUUUUAGACAGCCUUCUAGAGUUGAAAUACGGCAUGCUGAAAUACAGGAAAAUGGUGAGAAGAAAGAGCGAGGUGCACUAACACAGCCUGCAACCACAAGGAAGCCGAGCGAUUCGAGUAAUUCAUUUCUGUCGUUCGACGAAUGGAAAAAGGUCAAGUCAAAAGAGCAUUCAUCAAGCCCUGAACGUCAUCCUAGUCGAAUGAGGGAGCCAGUCGAUCCCUCAUGUUAUAAAGAAAAAGAAUGCAUAGGAGAGGAGUUGGAAAUCGAUUUGGGAUUUUUGACGAACAAACACGAAUGGAGUGAGGGAGAAGGGAACCAAAAAAGUUCUAACGAGGAGAAGGAUAUAUCAAAAGUUUACAAGAAACAAUUCAACUAUGCAUCCUUGGAUUGCGCUGCAACAAUUGUAAAAAGCAAUCCAGAAGCCAUUGGAGCCACUUCUACGUUAAUUGAAAGCAAAGAUAAGUACCUGCUGAAUCCCUGUUCAGCCCUUCAGCAAUUCGUUGUUAUUGAGCUUUGUGAAGAUAUCCUGGUGGAAGAAAUUGAUAUUGCCAAUUACGAAUUCUUUUCAUCGACCUUCAAGAAAUUUAGAGUAUCUGUUUCUGAUAGAAUGCCGGUGGUCGAUAACGAAUGGACCAUAUUAGGGGAAUUCGAAGCAGAAAAUUCAAGAGAAUUACAAAAGUUUCAAAUACAUAACCCCCAGAUCUGGGCAAGUUAUUUGAAGAUUGAAAUUCUAUCCCAUUAUGACGACGAAUUCUAUUGUCCCAUAUCCUUGAUUAAAGCAUAUGGUAAAACCAUGAUGGAUGAAUUUAAGAUCGAUCAACUCAAAGCUCAAGAGGACAAAGAACAAUCCAUAGCUGCUAAGAAUAUAGACAAUUUGAAUGAACAAAAUAUCCAAGACGGAUGCAACAAUAUAGAAACCCACUUAGAGGCUCUGAAUGCAAGCACUGUGUCAGAUAUAGCUGGUGUAUUAUCGUGUACUUCAAAGCUCAUUCCCUUGAAAUUCGAUGAAUUUUUUAAGGAAGUAAACGCAUCCUUUUGUCCUCCUAAGCAAAUAAUAUCAUCAUAUUCUUCAGCUGUUCCUGUAAUUCCAGAAGAAUCCAUUUUCAAGAAUAUCAUGAAAAGAUUGUCGCAGCUGGAGACAAAUUCUAGCUUGACAGUUUCUUACAUUGAAGAACAGAGCAAACUACUAUCUAGAUCGUUUGAACAACUUGAAAAGGCUCAUGAAGCAAAGUUCGGCCAUCUUGUCACCAUAUUCAACGAAACAAUGAUGAGUAAUCUAGAUCUGCUGAAUAAUUUUGCUAAUCAACUGAAAGACCAAUCGUUACGUAUACUAGAAGAACAAAAGCUGGAAAAUGACAAAUUUACUAACCGCCACUUGUUGCAUUUGGAGAGGCUGGAAAAGGAAGUGAGUUUUCAAAGAAGAAUUGUUUACGCGUCGUUUUUUGCUUUCGUGGGGUUGAUAUCUUAUCUAUUAAUAACAAGGGAGCUUUACUUUGAAGAUUUCGAAGACGGUAAAAACGGUACUAUUGAGAGGGUAGACAUUGUUCAACAAGCAAUCAGAUGA